CUUCACUCUUGUAAUUGCGCCAUGGGCGGCAACCUCACAGGGGGCGGCGUCGCCAUGAACGGGACGGCGCAUGGGCGGGUCAUGGUCUCGUCGCUGCCGCUCUUCUACCUCUGCAUGGGCCUCUCGCUCCUCGCGCUCAGUCUUAUGGGCGCCAAGGCGCUGCUUCUCAAGCGGGGCGUGACCCUCAAGCAGCCCAGCCAGAUCGAAGCGAUGGCCCACCGCGUGCACCUAAUCGAGGUCGCGGUCUACAUCCUCGCGUGGUACUCGAUGAGCAUCGGCAUGACGCUCUUCCUCAAGUGGUUCCUCAAAGUCUGGCAAGGCGGCUUUCCGUACGUGCUGACGAUGGGGACCGUGCACAUGGCCGUCAAGGCGAUCUUCUCGCACCUGCUGACGUGCAAGCGCAACAUUGCCAUUGCGCCGCUAACCUCGCGCGACUACUGGAUGCUGGCUGUGCCCAUCGGGCUCUUUACAGGCGCCGACAUUGUCCUCUCCAACAAGUCGCUCACGUACAUCACCGUGUCCUUCUUUACGAUUGUCAAGUCGGGUGGCAACGUCUGGAACCUCCUCUUCUCCAUCUUGCUCAAGCUGCAAGAGCCGUCGUGGGCGCUCUGCGGCGUCGUGUGUUUCAUCUGCACCGGCAUUGGCAUGGCCAGCUACGGCACCAUCAACUUUGUCCUUAUCGGCUUUCUCUGCGUCCUUCUCGCGUCGAUCCUCGGCACGCUCCGCUGGGUCCUCACGCAGUUCUUCAUGAAGCGCAUGACGGCGUCGUCGCACCAUACGCUGGCGGUUGUCUACUAUAUCUCACCCGUCAGUGCGCUCCUUCUCCUCCCGAUCGCUGUCGUCGUCGAUGGCCCGAGCUUGCUUGCAUCCAAGUUUUGCCACGACACGGUGCUCUUCCUGCAGGCGCUUCUUGGCGUGCUCCUCGGCGGAACCAUGUCCUUCUUCCUCGUCUCGGUCGAGAUUGAGCUCGUGAAGAAGACGUCGGCGCUCUCCCUCGGUAUUGCCGGCAACCUCAAGGACGUUCUCCAGAUCCUCAUGGCCAUGCUCAUCUUCCACGACAAGCUCAGUGCUCUCAACGUUGCGGGGCUUUUUGUGGCGACGACGGGCCUUGUCUUGUACUCGUACAUCAAGGCGCGACCGUCGUCAUCGUCGCCGGCCUAUGCGCUCGUGCACCUGGACGACGUCGAUAUCGAAGACGCCAACGAAAUGCACGUCAAGUGAGCACGCUAGUAUACUCUCCUAUUCUGUAUCCUGUCUCCUAUACUACCUCUACGACGACUACGACUACGACGGCGACGACGACGACUAGAGGCCGCCACAGACCG